AGAUCUUUAUUCUCGCUUCCAAAUUAUGGAACGUCCAUGUAAUAUUUAUUGAUGUUUUUCUCCCUCGGUGAAAUGGAGUAUUCUGUUCGCAAUGACAGUAACCGGGAAAAUUGUUGAACAAUUAGAGAAAUUACGAGUCAGAGAGGAGCGAUUAACUAAUCUCAGCGGCAGUAACUGCCACUGUCUUGCAUAUGUAUGGGAUUCACAAAGAGAGUUGUAGAGAGAGGACGAGGGAGUGAACAACACUAAAGGGGAGAUGCCGCGCGCAACACAGUGGAACGCGGAAAUGGCGCUUCAUCAGCUAAUGGUAUUCAGCUGAUGCACCAAAAAUUACUGGGAGUUUGACGAAUAUUCAGUCCUCGAGUUCGCCCAGAUCACCCUUAUCUCAGGGCUUCUCAGACAAAAAUGACCAGAAAGACGACAACACGAGUAAGGAAGAUGAGGAGGCACAAAAACAACGAGAACAAUCGUGGAGGAUGAUGAAGUGGAGUUUCAUACUGUUUGGGGCAUCAAUGUCCAUGGCUGGUGGUGUUAUCAUUUACGAGUUGGCUAGACCGAUUUAUGAUGAGAACGGAAACAUCGUUGAGGAUGAAUUCUCAAGCCUACCAUUCCCCCAGAGGGUCUGGAAGAGACUGUGCAGAGAAGUUAAUUAUUACACAAAGCUCGUUCAAGAACCUAGUAGGGAAAAAUUACUCCCAGAUCCACUGAAGUAUCCUUACAUGCAGCCCCCUUAUACACUUGUUUUAGAAAUGACGGAUGUAUUGGUUCAUCCUGAUUGGACAUAUCAAACUGGAUGGAGAUUCAAGAAACGGCCAGGUGUAGAUCAUUUUCUCGAAGCUCUAGCUCCACCUAAUUUUGAAAUUGUAGUCUACACAGCAGAACAAGGAAUGACUGUCUAUCCAAUUUUGGAUUCCCUGGACCCCCAAGGCUGUAUAAUGUACAGGCUAUUUCGUGACGCCACAAGAUUUAUUGAUGGUCAUCACGUGAAGGAUCUAGAUGCCCUCAACCGUGAUCUCAGUAAAGUUAUCGUCAUAGACUGGAAUUCCAACAACAUUAAACUCCAUCCAGAGAAUGCUUUGAAAAUCCCUCGAUGGAGUGGCAACGACGACGAUACGACACUCUACGAUUUAGCAGCAUUCUUAAAGACAAUAGUUGGUUCUAAUGUUGAAGACGUUAGAGAGGUGCUGAAUUACUACAGACAAUUUGAUGAUCCUCUCGCUGCAUUCAGGGAAAACCAGCGCAAGUUAUUGCAGCAGAUGCAGGAGGAUGAAAGUCACAAAGCCCAAUUGGAGAGCAGUAAGGCUCUCACGUCACGUUGGUCACCCUCAUUCUUGCGUUCUCAUUAGGUAUUACCUUCGAUGAAUUAUAUAUUUAAUACCAGAAUCGCAUUGUGGUAAAUUUAAUUAUGUCUUUAUUACGAUCGUAUUCGACCCAUUUUAUUAAAAAGCCGUUGAAAUAUG